GCUUCAUUGUGUUGUUGAUAACUUAUGGGUUUGUAUCCACAAUUGUGGUCUUAACCAAGGUCAAUCCGUGGAGAUAUCUCAUUAUCGCCAAAAAUGCCGAACAUCGUAGUCGUCGGUGCGGGAGUGUCAGGCCUUACGUCUGCAUUCUUGCUAUCGAAACAAAAGGACAAUGUCGUAACGGUCGUAGCGAAGCAUAUGCCAGGCGAUUAUGACAUCGAGUAUGCAUCGCCAUGGGCUGGAGCCAAUGUCCUACCUAUGGCAACGGAGAAGAACAGCUCUUGGGAACGUCGUACAUGGCCAGAAAUCAAGAAACUCGCUACCGAGGUGCCCGAGGCGGGGAUACACUUACUGAAGUCUCGCGUAUACCGCCGAGAGAAGGACAUUGAAAGCCUGAGAAAAGGGGGCUACAACUUCGAUGGUCUCUUCGACGAGAAUCCAUGGUACAAGACGCUAUUCGACGACUUCCGGGAGCUUUCCAAGGACGAGCUUCCCACGGGCAUGGCCUCGGGUUGCGAAUUCGGCUCGGCGUGCAUAAACGUAAUGCUGUACACGCCGUGGCUAGUGGGGCAAUGCAGGGCGAACGGCGUCGUGUUCCGUCGCGGCCAGCUCAAGCACAUUUCCGAAGCCGCGGCCCUGAGCCACAGCGGCGGAAAAGCUGACGUCGUGGUCAAUGCUACGGGGCUCAUGGCGUCUAGGCUCGGCGGGGUGAUGGACCAGAAGGUCGUGCCGGUCCGCGGCCAGGUCGUCGUCGUCAGAAACGAGGCGCCGUACAUGGUGACCAAAUCCGGCACGGACGACGCCGCUGACGAGCUCUGCUACAUCAUGAUGCGGGCCUCUGGCGGUGGUACCAUCCUGGGAGGGACGUAUCAGAAGGGGCAGUGGGAGAGCCAGCCUGACCCGAAUAUCGCCAUGCGGAUCAUGCGGAGGGCGGUGGAAAUGAUGCCCGAGCUUACGAACGGAAAGGGUGUAGAGGGCUUGGAUGUUAUCCGCCACGGCGUAGGUCUCCGUCCGUAUAGGGAGGGUGGCGUGAGGAUCGAGAAAGAGAAUAUCGAUGAUACGUGGGUCGUUCACAAUUACGGACAUGCUGGUUGGGGCUAUCAGGGCUCGUAUGGCUGCGCGCAGGAUGUCGUUGCGCUUGUGGGUGAGGUACUUAGUCGUCCUCGAUUAUAAUGUUGGUAGCAGCCCAUCUCGCGUGAUGCUACCCUUUUAGUUGUCAGAAUCACAUAUGAAUAUGUAGGUGAGAUUGCAAUGUCUUUUAUAGAGAUAUUUAUAUUAGAUAUAAAACUAUUAGGAGC